AUGACUUAUCUCUCUCAAGAGGCAGAGCGGCCAAAGCGUAUUGGCUCAGUUCCUGGUCAUUUGGUGAUCAAUCGCGGGAGGGAAGAAGGUAAUUCUCGACUUUACCAUGACUAUUUUUCUGAUAACCCUACAUAUGGUGCAAACCUAUUCCGUAGAAGGUUUCGGAUGCAUAGGAGUUUAUUCCUUCGUAUAGUCGAGGUGGUACGUGAGCAUGACAACUUCUUCGUACAGAAGAUGGAUGGUGUCGGCAAACUUGGGCUAUCAACUUUACAAAAAAUUACAUCGGCAUUUCGCAUCUUGGCGUAUGGAACAUCAGCAGAUAGUACUGACGAAUAUGUUAGGAUCGGUGAGUCAACUGCAAUUGUAUGUUUAAAGAGAUUUUGCAGAGCAAUUGUAGAAGUAUAUGGAGAUGAAUAUCUGAGGACCCCCAAUGUCGACGAUGUUGCAAGGUUAUUGCAAAAGGGCGAAGAAAGAGGUUUUCCAGGAAUGUUAGGAAGUCUAGACUGUAUGCAUUGGCAAUGGAAAAAUUGUCCAAUAGCAUGGGCAGGACAAUACUCAGGCCGUCAUAGAGGUCUAACCAUUAUUCUUGAGGUAGUAGCAUCAUAUGAUCUAUGGAUAUGGCAUGCAUACUUUGGCUUACCAGGAUCCAAUAACGAUAUUAAUGUAUUGCAGUCAUCUAAUUUGUUCGACAAUCUAUCACAAGGUAUUGCUCCUCCUGCUCAUUACACAAUUCAAGGAAAAAAUUAUGAUGUCGGUUAUUAUUUGGCCGAUGGCAUAUAUCCGAAAUGGCCAACACUUGUUCAAACCAUUUCUAAUUCUGAUGAUAAAAAUAAAUAAUAUUUUGCAAUGAUGCAAGAAGCAUGUCGAAAAGAUGUUGAGCGGUCAUUCGGUGUUCUCCAAUCACGAUUUGC